CGCGCGGAUGACGCAGGGCGCCGGGGAGGCGGCGGGGCCAUGGAAUCCGCGGCCAAGGGCGGCUACGUCCUCUCCAACCUCGCCGAGGUGGUGGAGCGCGUCCUCGGCUUCCUCCCCACCAAGGCGCUCUUGCGCGCCGCCUGCGUAUGCCGGCUAUGGAGGGAGUGUGCCCGGCGGACGCUGCGGACGCGGCAGCGAAUCGCGUGGGUGUCGGCACUGGAGCCGGGCCCCGCCGAGAACCACGCGUUGGUGCGCGCGCUGGCCCACGAGCUCGAGAAGGUGCACGUACUGCCCCAGACCGUGCUCUACAUUGCCGACACAGAGACCUUCAGUGGGCAUGAGGAGUGUCACGAGCAAAAGAAAGCCAGAAAAAGAAACAGUAAAGAAACAGCACUCGCACUUGAAAAGUUGUUGCCAAAGCGAUGCCAGGUUCUUGGACUGGUCACCCCAGGGAUUGUAGUUACCCCGAUGGGUUCAAGCAGCAAUCAGCCUCAAGAAAUUGAAGAGGGCGAAGCUGGGUUUGCUCUGUUGUUUCCCAAAAUUGAUGGGGUGAAAAUUCAUACCUUCCAUUUUUCUAAAGACGUGAAGAACAGGGUCUUUGAUGAAAGUAAAUUUGCUGAAGCAGGUCUGAAGAAUAACCCAGAUCUCCGUGUUGUUCUUCUGUUUGGCUACAACUCCUGGAAGACUGGAGCUACUCGAUUUCUUCAUCAAAUAGUCAAUCCAUUGAAUGAGAAAAGUAUCAUCCUGGCUGGGGGACAAGUGGAGAGCUUUACAUCACUGACCUCUGAGAACAGCCACGCGCAGCCCGGCGAUGCCUGUGGCGUGGUUGGCUUGGCUUUCAGCGGUGCCCAGAUCCAGAGUGCCACUGUCCUGCUAGACCAGGACGUGGCCGAUGAGAGGACAGCAGAAGCGGCCAUGCAGCGCCUCAAAGCAGCAAACAUCCCCGAGCACAACACCAUUGGCUUCAUGUUUGCCUGUGUUGGCAGAGGAUAUCGACAUUACAAAACCAAAAGGAAUAUGGAAGCAGAUGCAUUUAGGAAGUUUUUUCCAAAUGUCCCCCUCUUUGGCUUCUUUGGACAUGGGGAAAUAGGAUGUGAUCGAAUAGUUACUGGGAAUUUCGUAUUAAGAGAAUGUAAUGACAUAAAGGAUGACCUGCUCCAUGGUUAUACUACUGUUAUGACUCUUAUUCACCUUGGUUCAACUAAAGCAAACCAAGCAUAAGUAAAGUUUAAUGCUUCAGUGAACUGUUUGUUUCAUUCCAGAGAGCUGAGAAGUCUGGAAGAGUGGACAUCUUGCAGUCAAAGCUCCUUCCAAAAUGUAAACAUCAUUUUGGUAAUUAUUGAGUCUUGUAGUUUGCUAUAAUAUCUGUGAGAAAGCCUUGAGUUUUCUGUAAUCCCCUGUACACAUCAGAAUUGCAGGAAAUUAUAUUUGAUGGAAUUCUGCAACUGAAGAAAGCCUCUUUCUUCCAAAAUGAAAAUGGUUUCUACAAAUCACAGAAUAUGCUGAAUUGGAAGGGACCCAUCAGAAUCACUGAGUCCAGCUCUUGACCCUGAACAGGACACCCCAAGAAUCCCACCAAGUGCCUGAGUGUAUGCUCCAAACUCUUCUUGAGCUCAGGCAGGGCUUUGUGCUCUGACCGCUUUCCUGGGGAGCCUGUUCCAGUGCCCAGUCACUCUGGGUGAAAAACUUUUUCCUGAUACCAGUCUAAAGUUCCCUGGCUCAGCUUCGUGCUGUUCCCUCGAGUUCUGUCGCUGGUCAUGAGAGAGGAGAGAUGCUGAAGACCGCAGUGAAGUCUCCCCUCAGUCUCCUCCAGGCUGAGCAAACCAAUUGUCCUCAGCCACUCCUCAUAAGGCUUCCCCUCCAGAUCCUUCACUUCCUCAUGGCAUUCCUCUGGACCUCCUCUAAACUUCAUGUCUUUUUUAUAUUGAGGUGUCCAAAACUGCCCCAAGGGCUGGAGACUGCCCCAGUGCAGAGCAGAGCAGGACAAUCCCCUCCCUGGCCCAUCAAUGACAAACCCAAACCCAAAUGUAGAAAGUAAAUUCUUUGAUGUGCUCUGUGUAUGUAAAGCACUCUAGGAAAACUACUGAUGCAUUAAAUCUACCAUUUACUGGCUUUUAUUUCUAGAGAGAUGCCGAACUUUCCCAGAGUACUAUUUACAAAGCUGAACAGUUUUAUUAGAUAAUAUCAAUGAAAAUCGUUACAGAAAAGUAACAAAGUACUUGUUAAAUAAAGAUAGAAGUAUGUCAAAAUACCUUGCCUUCUAUUCUUAGAGAAAAGCUCUGAUUUAAAGAUGUUGUCCAGCUAAGAAUACAGCUGGGCUCAGCACCUUGGACUGAAUUUCAGUUGCUUAACUGUGUGGUUCAGAAUAUAGUAGUGGUUGCCUCUUCUGUAGUGUGAUUACAAUCUUUUAAAUCCAGAAUGCUUAGAAAUAAUUUAUCUACCUAAAUUUCUUUAGGAAGCUUUUUCUUUUUAGUUUGGAACUGUGGGACACACAAAAUCUGGCUAUAUUAUAUUUGAACAGAGACUUUAAGAUUUGUGCUUCUGUUUUUCCUAUGCUUUUACAUCACUCACCUGUUCUGAUUGCUGCAGCUGGCAUGCAGUAUCAAGUAAGUAAAUUCAGCAUAGUCUCAGUAUAGCUAAUAAUAUAUUUGCUGCUUUUUGAAUUGUUUCCUCCCUUUUAUUUUCAAUUAGUAAUAGAAUGACAAGAAAAUAAGAUUAAUUUUGCACCAUAUCACCAGAUUUCUAAAUGCAAAAUCAGGCAGCUGGCCCAUUUUCAGUGUAGUAAAAAGAAAAUACUUACCUGUAUGUUGUACAACAAAGUAAUAUUUUUUGCUUUAAAUGUACCAAGGAAAACUUCAGUUAGCAACUUUAUGCUCAAGUCUAGUUAAAACUUUUCCUGAACUUGGCCUGACAAGCUUUAGUAGGGAUGUGUCUGUCCUGGGCAUUAACUGUUGGUGUCAGUGUGUGCUGAGCACAGGCAGCACUUCCCCGUGGCUGUACUGAUGAUGGUUUUUUAAUUAGAAGGUAGGACGAGCUCUGAAUUCCCAGUGGCCAGCUGUGGAUGGGAGAUCAGUAAGCGUGGGUGUGACUUGGAAAACAUUCAAUUAUUUCAUUUAGAAGGCAAAGUGUGGAGUAUGGUUGAAUUUUCAGAGAAGCCCUUGGUGGGAGGUGACUGUGUUACUGUAGCAUAACCAGAAUGUCCCAUUUGGCCCUUGGUGUCUGCAUAACCUUCAUGUUGACCAGGACAGGAAGGAGAUGUUUUGUUUCUGAAAUGCAGGUAGGAUUCCUGGUGCUGUCAGCCAUGCUGACCAGCCUAGGAAGGGUAGUGGUUGCUGCGUUAGAGCAGUUGAUCAACCAUGUGUCCUCAGCAGCACUGCAGACUCAGCCUGAAGGUCACAGGAGUUGAUGGUGAGCUCAGACAAUGGCACAGCUAAACCAGAACUGCCAGGGUGAUGUGCAGGACACAGGCAGCAUGUCCUGGAGCUGAGGAACCUUCAGAGGUAAACACACUACAGGACAGGGGGUGGAGGGGUAGGGAGUCUUUUUCAGAAUCCAGGAAUCCUCUGCAGCAUGAAGUGUGGAGAUGAGCCCAAAGUACCCUAGAAGCAUGCACAUGGCUGGAACCACGACACUGUCCCAACCACAUCAUGCCUUCCAUGUCAUGGGGAAGUGCUGUAAGUGAUGAAACUGCAACAUCUGUGAUUAAAGUGCUUUGCUAUCUAAAUUCA